AUGUGCUUCAAAUCGAAUAAUCGAAUCGAAACCAAUCAUUUUCAAUUGGAUCUGCAAGCGGGACAUUUAAGGAUCAAGUGGAAGGAGAGUCGAGGGUCUGCAGUGUCGAAUGUGACCGCCAUUACCGAUGAAAGGGCAACGAAACUCGAAAGCCUAACAGUAACUGGAAUCCCGAGCUCCGAGGAUGUUCGAUUUCGUCCUGGAAUAGAUUAUAUUCGAGAUCUUGGCGUUGCCACAGUCCUAAAGUACGAAAUAUAUUCCAAAGAUCUGAUAGUACUUGAAACUGAAAGCAGUUUAAUGGAGGGACCUUCUGAUUUGACUUUAAUCUACACUUUGUCCAGUGGGAAUUCCAUAGAUUCCCACGCCGCAAACACUUAUAUUCGGGGAACGAUGAACAACUUGAAGACUAUUCAGAUUUGCCAUGGGCAAGAGUCCCAAACUCCCGAGUUCUGGAUGGAAGAUGGUAUUUUCAGAGGCAAAGCACAAUUAAGGCUGCUCGCUUUUCAAGGAUUCAAGAUGGAAAAUCUCACAGCGCACACUUUGGAAGAUUUAAAAGGCUUGAAAAUAUUGAAUUUUAUUAACACAACUGUCGAGGAUCAAAGCUUCUUGAGCUCUGAGACUCUGCGGAGGAACCUAGAGAUAUUCAUCAUGAACACUGAGCAGGUCAAAGUGGAACUGAGAUAUUUCGAAAACUAUUCCAUGUUGAAGUUCGUUAAUGUUGUUAAUUAUGAGCCACAUGAGAAUCUAACAGCAUUCGUGUGUGAUUCAGAGACUUGGAAAUACGAUUGCAAGUUCUCGCGCGGCCCAGACGGCAGGAGAUGUCCUGGCAAAUGUCAAUGCUACUAUGAGCAACGGAGCAGCGAGUUUAAAAUAGAUUGCAGAAACCGAAAUCUCACCGAAAUACCGCCAUUACCCACUGCGAUGGAGGGCAAGCCAGUGCUUCUUUUUAGUAACAACAAUCUCAGAGCUCUGCCCAGCAAUGGCAUGGAGAUACCCGGCUAUAACCAACUGCAGACUCUCGAUGUGGCUGCCAACAAGAUCACUAGCCUCGGCGUUCACCAGCUGCCACAGAGGCUGCAACAUCUCAGCCUUUCCUAUAACAACAUUACAGCCCUCGACAAGAAGGUGGUCGAAUAUCUGGCCAAACACAUUGCCGUCCGUCACUUUGGAAACUCGUGGUUUUCCGACUGCGAGGACAAGGUCCUUCAGGAGUACAGCUACCUGAUUGGGAACUUUAGGGGGAAGAAAGAUGCAGAAAUCCUUCAUUUCCUUCAGAGUCGUGCGGAAAGAAAUCGAUUUUCGGAAAAUCCAUGGAGCUGCUUUUGGGAGAUACGAUUCCUGAUUUCCUUUCUGGGAAAACGCGAGGGCAUGAAAUAUAUAGCGCCAUUGGACUAUACAGACUUUCGCGGCCCAUGUCCCGAGGCUUGUAGCUGCCUGCUUACCUCCUAUCCCACGGAAUUCAUCGUUGACUGCAGUGGCGAAGGCCUCUCGGCGAUACCCCCAUUACCCACGCCCAAGGAUCGUCCGACGACGCUUUUAUUUCAGAACAAUAAACUCCGCGCAUUGCCCAAUGAUACGUGGCCAGGGUACGGGAAUGUGGGGCGACUCUUUUUGGCCAACAAUCGACUGACAGCACUCCAUCAUCUGCCGCACAACCUCACCUACUUGGACAUUCGAAACAACAGAAUAUCUGCCAUAAGGAGAAAGACUCUAGAGUUCCUUGCAAGGCGAAAGGAAUCGUCAGAUCUGAGGCUAUUCCUGUCUGGAAAUCCCUGGGCUUGCACUUGCGAGGAGAAGGAUUUCCUGGGAUUCGUGAAGGGAGGAGGUUCCAGAAUCGGAGAUGCUACAAAUAUCACCUGCGGGGACACCCCAGGGAACCUCCUGAUAGACACAGAGGAGAGUGACAUAUGCCCCUCUGGCCUCGUGCACUAUGUGACCCUCACCGUUUCGUUCAUGCUGAUGGUCCUGACCAUAAACCUAAUUAUUUACUUCAAACAGCCCCUCCUGAUCUGGUGCUACGAGCACGACGUGUGCCUGAGCCUCGCCGCCCGGAGGGAACUCGACGAACGCAAGAAGUUCGAUGCAUUUCUAUCCUUCACCCACAAGGACGAGGAACUGAUUGGGGAGUUCGUGGAGAGACUGGAGAAUGGCGGCCAGAAGUUCCGACUCUGCUUCUAUCUGCGCGACUGGCUCGUGGGCGAGUCCAUUCCCGAGUGCAUCAGCCAAUCCGUGAAGGACUCGCGGCGCAUCAUCAUCCUGAUGACAAACAACUUCCUGAAGUCCACUUGGGGGCGUCUGGAGUUCCGUCUCGCUCUCCAUGCCACCUCCCAGGAUCGAUGCAAGCGACUGAUUGUGGUCCUCUAUCCCGAGGUGGAGAACUUUGAUGAUUUGGACAGCGAACUGCGCGCCUACAUGGUGCUGAGCACGUACCUCAAGCGAGACGAUCCCAAUUUCUGGAGCAAGCUGAUCUAUUCGAUGCCCCAUACUCGGCAGGGAGAGCCCUGA